AUGGGGAGGUCUCCGUGCUGCGAAAAAGCCCACACCAACAAGGGCGCUUGGACCAAGGAAGAAGACGACCGGCUGAUCGCCCACAUCAGAGCUCACGGCGAGGGGAACUGGCGGUCGCUGCCCAAGGCCGCCGGCUUGCUCCGGUGCGGCAAGAGCUGCCGGCUCCGCUGGAUCAACUACCUCCGUCCUGAUCUGAAGCGCGGCAACUUCACCGAAGAGGAGGACGAGUUGAUCAUCAAGCUGCACAGCCUCCUCGGUAACAAGUGAGUGCUCAGGGACCCCCUCCCUUCCCCCGCGACCCCACAAUCGGAUUGGAUCGAAUCGGCGUCUUCCUUUCAGCUUUUUUCCAGAUUUUGAUUUCCGUUCUUCUCGGGGGCUCCAAUUCAAGAAGAAGCAAUGCCACAGAAGGAUGAGUAAUGAUGAUUUUCUCGCUUCAGAUGGUCUAUGAUCGCCGGGAGGCUACCGGGGAGGACCGACAACGAGAUAAAGAACUACUGGAACACGCACAUCAGAAGGAAGCUGUUGAACAGAGGAAUCGACCCAUCGACCCACCGCGCCCUUCACGAGCCCAUCUCCGACGUCACCCUCUCCGUCACCAAGGAAGAAGAGAAGGGUGUCGCGCACAGGCUCCGACGAGAAGAGGAGAAAAGUAGCAGCGAGGAGCUCUCGCUACCGUCGUCUCAGACGCACCUGCAGCAGCAAGAACAGCGCUGCCCCGAUCUGAACCUCGACCUCUCUAUUAGCCUGCCUUACGACGAAGAGGUGCAGCAGCGGGAUACGCGCGAGAACUCUCUGGAGGCCGUCAAGGGGGAGAUUGGGGCCUGCUUCAACUGCAGACUGGGAUUGCAGAAGAGCAAGGGAUGCAUGUGCAAUAGCUUUCUCGGUCUCAGCAUGGGAUUCUUGGAUUACAGAAGCCUCGAGAUGAAGCUAUGA